AUGCAACAUAUCAGAAUCGACACAGAUGAAUUGGCAGAUGUACCAAAUCAAAAGAAAAAUGCGAGCGAGCAAAAACUUGCGCGGAGCCCUAGUCUAGACGUAUCUCACCAAAGCAAAUACCGUCACUUCUUCUUAAAACACUCCGUGUAUUCAUUGAACGGAAAGCCCCUCGAAGUGUCGAUGCAUAACAAGGAACGUCAACUUCAUUCAAACGAUUUCAAAAACGCAGCUUCAGACGAUGUUCCACUGGUUAGGCAAAAGAAAGGAGACUAUGGGAUUGAUGCUGUUGUAACUAAUUGCGACCAAUUGUGUGACAAUCUUAUUGCUGGCGGAUUUCGUAACAGUCCAACAGCGUUGCUCUAUUCAGAUUCAAUUUUCAAUGAAAAACGCCACUUUGUUAUGUGUGCCCGGGACACAUACGAUCGAAGCUAUUUCUAUCUUAUUCCCAUUUUGAAGAGCGUAUUACCCUGUGACCCAUCUGCUUCCUCACUGGCAGACAAAGCAAAAAAGCGGCAUCCUACCUUAGUCGCCAGCACAUUUAGAAGGAAACUUAGAAAUUCAAAGUCGAAAGUACUCAUUCUUUGUCCCGCUGAGUUCAUUUAUUUUCUAUACAACCGAGUAGUCCGCCUAUGCGAAAACACUACUGUUACUAUGUCAUUUGUUCAACCCUCAAGCAGCAUUAAUACCUUGAAAAAGAAUGUCAAUAUAAUCAUCUCCGAUCCAAAUGACAUUAAAGUUGCUGAGGAUUCUAAGUUGCUAACAAGUUUGGAUUAUUUAGUGUUUGACCAUUCUGAUGUCUUAUUUCGAAAGUAUGACAAUGCCCAUCUUGAAAGCAUUGUUGCACUGCUUGAUUCAGAGUGUCACAGAUCAAUGAUUCUUUGUUCUGUAUCGAGAAAAACACUCCAAUUUAUCGGUACUCAUCUUGAAGAUUACGCAGCUGUAUUUUGUGGAGCAUACCCUUCCAUGUCUAUGUUCACCAGACAUACUGUAAUGGAAAGUUCUAACGAAAGUAAACUCGCCAAAGUUGCGAAAAUAAUUCUUUCAUAUCCAGACACACCAAUCAUCAUUUAUGUCAACGACUUGAACAUGAAGCUGACAUUGGUGUACGAAUUAAGGGAAAUGAUAAAACCUACAGGCGCCAUCACGGCAUUUAGUAAAACAACACGUAUAUUAGUGUUAAAGGACAGCCUCACUGGUCUGGAACGAGAGAGCAUACUCUCACAGUUUCAGAAUCUCUCUGAUGCCGUUUUGAUUACAAGUGACUCCGCUGCUGAGGAGGUAGAUUUCAAAGAUAUCCCUGUCUUGAUAAGCUAUGACAUGCCAGAAGACAUUGGAACAUUUUUGGAACGACAUGGUUGCGUAGGACAGACACCUCUUCUUCCGCGUUUCUACUCGUUUCCUCACAAAAGUGACCAGAGCUUGAAAACUAUGCAUGCAGCCUUAAUGCGUGAUUGGGUGGAUAAAGAAGGAUUCAAUAAGCCCUCAGCAAUUUCCUAUUCUUUCUUUAAUGAAGAAAAUAAGCUAAUAGCUGCCGAAAUGAUCAAACUCCUUGAGGAAUGUCAAGAAGUUGUUCCCAGCUUCUUGAGGGAUAUUGCUUCCAAAGCAUCAGAGCCAGAGCUAAGAAAUAUGGUAAGGCCCUACAGUAUAAUGUAUACUCAUAAUGCUUCAGCACCAAAGAUUCCGGCACUUUACAAGGCUCCCAGUCCGUCAACUCCUCCAUCAAUUCUGAUCUUUGCAGGACAUGAAAGCUCUCGAUUUAGAGAAGAGAGCGAUUCACGCUAUCUGAGCAAUAAUCUGCGACUUUCAAACGAGGAUAUUGAUGUUCUUCAUCGAAUUAAUCAAAUGAGUCUAGAAUCUGGAUCUAAUUUAACCUUCACACUUGACCCGUCACGAAUAAUCAGAUUCAAUAAUGAUGGCCAAGCCGACACUCGUGAGGGAGAUCAUGAGCCUUAG